CUAUUUGAAGAAUCUCAAAUAUAUUUUGAUUUUAGCCAAUUUCGCCGUCAGACAGAACGAGACACCCAGCUCAUGCCUAGGAGGCAGACCGGUUCCUAAAUCACUUUUCACCUGGUGCAAACGUCGCCUACCCAGGAGCUCGUGCCAGAUUAAGAAUCCUCUCAUUGAUAACGUCUAGUUUGAAUGUAUUCUUCCUUUUUCUUGGACCUUCUUGUGAUAAAUUAGGACAUGGCCAAUCCGUUUCGUCGACGUUUCUAGAAUAAAGCCAACGUCAGGCUGAGUCUCCGCCCUCCUUUCCCAUCAAUUAAGGGAUUCGAUUAUCUGGCCAAGUUUACCCCGAAGAGAGGAGUUUACAACGGGUGAAAGUGAUUGCAUUUGUUUUGGAACUGGGCUGCCUCCCGGGCAUGAGUCGUCUUUCUUGUUCUGGCUAAUGGCGAAGUCGACUCAAAACAAAAGUGACGUAGUCUACGAUAUUAAACACUUGGAGUAAUAUGUAGGAUUCUGUUUUCACAUACAAAAGCCAUUGCUUUUGAUGAACACUCUUGAUCUGCCUCCCAAUGAAAACGAAUUAGAAAAUUCAAACACAUUUUAUGGAAAAUUGAUGUUUUAUGUUUCUGGACGAUAUGCACUAUGCUGCCAUCUUGACAAUAUGACCGAGCGGCGCAAAAGAGCGUUCCUCCCUCACUGCUUUUGCCCGUUCACGUCAAGGGCCAUAGACCGGUGCCCCGCGGUUCAGGUUAACAGAGCUCCCUCAUUGCACAGCAGUUGCACAGUAGGGAAGGGACUUCGGGACUCUGCAAAUUGAGUUUGACACACCUUUCGUCAAUUGCUUACAGCUGCGCCACAGGCGAGGCGGAGGAGUAACGUAAGACCGAGUAUUAGGAUACUUCUCUCACAAUAUUGGAGGUCUCGUGCCUUUGAAUCGGCUGUUGAAUCAAACCUGGUCUUCAGGGGCCGGCGAUAAGGGAGAACACUUAUUUUACAAGACAGCUACAGGAGCUCCGGGAUACAUGGAGUUCAGGAAUCUAAUGACCAGGGUCGGACUCUGGUAUGAAAACUUCAUGAAAAAUGCAGACCCCAGGACCGAAGACUGGUUUCUCAUGUCAUCGCCACUCCCCCAGACCAUUGUAAUCGUGGCGUACAUCUACUUUGUGACGCGGCUGGGGCCCAGGCUCAUGGAGAAACGCAAGGCCUUCCACCUCAAAGAAGUUCUCAUCAUCUACAACUUCAGCGUGGUCGCCUUGUCCCUCUACAUGUGCUAUGAGUAUGUGAUGUCAGGCUGGGGGACGGGCUACACGUUCCACUGUGACCUAGUGGACUACUCAGACUCGCCGCAGGCAGUGAGGAUGGCCGGGACGUGUUGGCUCUACUACUUGUCAAAGUUCAUAGAGAUGUUGGACACAAUUUUCUUUGUUCUGAGGAAGAAGAACGGACAGAUUACUUUCCUCCAUGUCUACCAUCACUCCAUCAUGCCCUUUACCUGGUGGUUUGGGGUCCGGUUCGCUGCAGGUGGCCAGGGGACAUUCCAUGCCCUGUUGAACUGUGUGGUCCAUGUCAUCAUGUACUCCUAUUAUGGCCUGUCUGCCCUGGGCCCCGCCUACCAGAAGUACCUCUGGUGGAAGAAGUACCUCACCACCAUUCAGCUGAUCCAGUUUGUGAUCGUGACCACCCACAUCUGGCAGUACUUCUUCAUGAAGGACUGUCCCUACCAGUUCCCCAUCUUCAUCUACAUCAUCGGCCUCUACGGCCUGGUCUUCCUCCUCCUCUUCCUCAACUUCUGGUACCACGCCUACACCAAGGGCAAGAGGCUGCCCAAGGUCCUUCAGGCCAAAACCUGGGCCCACCCCUACAACAAAACCAAUGGCCAAAACAACAGUGAAAUAACUAACGGGAAUGGUUUCCAUCACAACAAGGAUGAGUGACAGGGUGUCCAGCAAAUCAGGAUUGGGGGUAGAUCUCAUUUGAAUAUCAGCCUAUUCAGCAACUGAAAUUAGACAUGGAACUUAGAAUUUAGAUUACUGGUUAGGUAUGCAGGAGUUUUGUUUUCCAAUAUAAAAGUCAGUGCACUUUUGAAUUCAAAGAGAAUUAACCUCAACCCUCUGGACCUUCCGAUCACUUCCUUUCUCUCUGCUAAGGCAAUCUCUCAAAGUUAUGACCCAAAGCUGUACUGUACUUUUGUAUUACAUAUUGUUAUACCUGUGCUUUUCUUGUCUGUUCAGGGUGAAAGCACAAGUGGACUCUGUGUUUUUAAUAAACAGAUUUUUAAUGUUAGAUAUGUGUAGUAUAGUAGGUUAGCCAAUGGUGAGGCAGUUCAGUAGCUUUGUCUAGUUCUGUCCCACCAGCCCAAAUAACACACACUUCCUAUGACCUGUUCUCCUCUGCUGUUUAGAAUUGGUGCUGAACCUCUCUAGGUUUGACUGUAAGAUUCAGCUUGAUGGGACCUUGUUUCAGCUUGUUUCUAGCUUUCAAUACCUGUACUUUUUAUACUUUUAAUACAUUUUGUACAUUUAAUUAUAAAAAUGUACAUAUUCUGUAAUUCUGCUACUGAAAGUCUAGCCUUAAGGAGGAUUUUGUCUGUGAGUACAUGGGCCUGAAUUAUUUCCUGGAUCUGGUCACAUGGCUGGGAAAACUCUGGGCCAUACCCAUAGUACACCUGUAAUGAUGUUUACAUGUAUACUGAGUGGAGUGUAUAUGUGCUGACCCCUUCUUUCGUAAAUUCCUCACCCAUUUCGCUCUGGUUUGAGUCACAGCCUCUACUGGUGCUGAGAAAUCUUGAACGCCAACCUGCUCCUACUGUUAAAAAGCUGUUGGCCUACUUUCUGUAUUUAUGUCAAACAGAAAUUACGGUGUGACUUUGAAGCCAGAUGGGAAAGGGGGUAGUGCAGCGCUGUUCUUGCAGGAACUGGAGCAGAGCACAAGUUUAGCUUUAGCUCUGUCACAAGCAUUGCACAACAUUUUAAAAAGAGUAGCCAUUGUUUACCACUGCAUGCAUAUUCGUUAUAAAUCUUCUGUUCCAAAUUGAGUUCAGUUCUUAUGACUUGUUAUGCCAUGCUUACGACUGUUAAAAGUAGGCUUUCUCAUUGAGUGUGUUCACAUUUGGUGCUCCCCUCAGAGCUCUGCUCCACUGGUGAUUGAGGACAUGGCAUUAGCUGAGUGUGGGAUAGGCCUCCACAGGUGUAGUAAAACCCCAGUGCCUUGGGUGCAGGCUGAGUCCAAUAAGCAACAGUGAUCUAGCUGAUCUGUAAUUUAUUCACUGAUGUUAGCUCUAGAGCGUGUAAUCCACAUGGGUUACCUACCAUUCAGUGCCUUGGUCUGAGCCCCUCCAGCUCCUUGAUGUAGUUAUGAGUGUCCUCCAGACAUGAUGCCACAAUAAUUCUGUAUAAAAACAGUCGUGUAAAUGUAAUAUUUUUGUGUAUUUAUGAUAAAAAUAAAUGCUCUUUAUACUGUUAUUAUA